AUGCACUGUGCAAUCAGCUUUGAAAAGUUCAGAAAAGUGUCAAGGUGUAAAACAGCGAAAGAAAUCUGGGAUAAGCUCAGACUCACUCAUGAAGGCACUAAGCAAGUGAGGGAGACCAGAAUUGACAUGCUGAUGAAGGAGUAUGAAAUAUUCAGUAUGAAGGAAGAUGAGAGCAUCGAUCAAAUUUUCGAAAGGUUCUCGAUAAUCAUCAACAAUCUGGACGCCAUGGGAAGAAGCUACUCUGAAGAAACCUUGGUAAGAAAGAUUUUGAGAAGUCUUACUAAGAAAUGGAAAGUGAAAAGCACAGCCAUCUCUGAAAGGAAUGAUUUAAUCAAAAUCACCUAUGAUGAGCUGAGAAGCAAGCUGCUGGCUUAUGAAACCACUCACAUGUCUCAAGACAAAGAUGACAAAAAAAAAAGUAUAGCACUAAAAUCAAGAAUGACAGCCCAAGGAGAAGAAUCUGAUGACAGUUUCUUAGAUGAAGAAAUGGUGCUCUUUGCAAGAAAAAUGAGAAGACUACUAAGAUACAAAAAUAAAGGCAAAGGAAGCUCUUCAUCCAAAGAUGUCAAGAAAGAUCAAGUCAAGUUCACAUGCCAUCACUGCAAGGAGCCUGGUCACUUCAAGUCAGAUUGCCCUCAACUUAAGAAAGGCGAAAAAUUCAAGAAAGACAAAAAGAAGGUGAUGAUGGCAACAUGGGAGGACUUGGAGAACGACACUAGCUCAGAAAGCUCAGAUCAAGAAGCUCAAUUAUGUCUGAUGGCAGAUCAUAAUGAUGAAGAUGAGGUAGAUCUCUCUAACUUAUCUAUUGAUGAACUGCACUACAUUAUUAAAGACAUUUCUGUGAACUCUAAGAAACUCUUGGAUAAGUAUGCUAAAUGUAAGAAAGAAAAUGAGGCUUUGAGGACAGAAAAUGAUCUUCUUCUGAAAAAGAUUAAGGCAAAUGAAACUAAUAAUGAAAAGCUUUUAAAAGAAGAAAACAUUGCCUUGCGAACUGAAUUAGAAAAAUUCAAACUCAAGCAUGAAGUUACUGCCUCCACUGAUUUGAUUUCUGAAAACAAAAAACUGAAUGAACAAAUAAAAAGUUUGAAUGAAGACUUAGCAAAGUUUGUUCAAGGUUCUCAAAAUCUGAACAAAUUACUUGCUUGUCAAAAGUUUGGGUUUGAAAAAUCUGGAAUUGGUUUCAUUGAGGAAAAUAAAUCUGUUUUCAAACCAAACUUUCAAAAAUCUGAACCUUCCUCUUCCAAAUUUUUCAAACCAAAAGGAUUUAGCAAACCCCAGAAAUCAGUGCUACAAAUGCAAUAG